UUGGUGCAUCCGCGAAUAUCCCAUACAUUUAUAGAGCACCGAGAGCACGCCGGGGAGUGAAAAACGGCAGAACAAUUAAUUUAUUCGUAUUUAAUGAGCCAGAGGGUUUCAUUUUGUUGAUUGAUGGAGAAUGAUUGCACCGUCUGCACACGACGCGAGACAAUCAGAGGGAACGCUGCAUGAAGAAAACUCGAAUUUAUAGGAUUUCUUCAAGUGAAUUAGAUAGGGAAUUUUUUAUUGUUUUUUUUAGAUUUGUGCCUGAAAGAUUGAAAAUAAGAUUUUGAGAUGUCAAAGGGAGUCGAUCCGAAGGAACUGGAGCCCAUGAAUGCGGCUGGGGCUGGAAAAAAUGAUAAAGUGAGGAUGAAGAAGCAGUUGGGGUUGAUGGAGGGAGUUGCUAUCAUCUUGGGAAUUAUUUUUGGCUCAGGAAUUUUCAUAUCACCGGCAGGUGUGAUCCAGGAAGUUGGUAGUGUUGGUAUGUCCCUGGUAAUUUGGGUGUUGUGUGGGCUGCUGUCGAUGAUCGGGGCACUUUGUUACGCAGAACUGGGGACUAGUAUACCCAGGAGUGGAGGAGAUUAUGCGUAUAUUCAUGAGGCCUUUGGUGCAUUGCCUUCAUUUUUGUAUCUGUGGGCAGCUAAUCUUAUUUUUGUACCAACAACAAAUGCAAUUAUGGCAUUGACAUUUGCCAAGUACGUCCUGCAGCCAUUUUUCAUCAGCUGCAGUAUUCCUGAUGGCAGCGUGAGACUGAUAGCAGCUUUAACCAUCUGUUUACUAACAUUCGUAAAUUGUUACGACGUGAAAGAGACCUCCAAGAUGCAGAACAUCUUCAUGUUCGCCAAGAUCGCAGCCCUAGUCAUCAUCAUUCUGGCGGGAUUGGGGUGGCUGAUCCUUGGUAAGACUGAGAACUUCCACGAUUCCUUCAAGGAUACCACUAGCGACCCUGGCAGGAUUGCUGUUGCCAUUUACUCUGGUAUUUUCUCGUACUCUGGGUGGAAUUACCUUAAUUUCAUGACUGAGGAGUUGAAAGAUCCUUAUGUAAAUUUACCUCGUGCCAUUUACAUUUCUCUGCCACUAGUGACUUUAAUUUAUGGUCUUGCCAAUAUUGCGUAUCUUGCUGUUCUCAAUCCAACUGAGAUGAUGGCUUCUGGUGCCAUUGCUGUGAGUCUGGCCGACAGAACGCUAGGCGUUAUGUCCUGGAUAAUGCCAGUUCUCGUAGCAGCAGCGUCUUUUGGUGGUUUGAGUGUUCACAUAAUGACAUCCUCAAGAAUGUGCUUCGUUGGGGCACGUAAUGGACAUUUUCCAGCAAUGCUCAGUCACAUCAAUGUCAAACGUCUCACACCCACCCCAGCUCUCGUUUUUCUUUGUAUAUUGUCGUUGAUGAUGCUUUAUACGAGCGAUAUUUAUGUACUUAUAACGUACUGCAGUAUUGUGGAGUCAUUUUUCAUAACGGUGUCGGUUGCUGGUAUUCUCUGGUUGAGGUAUUCCCGUCCAAAAAUGGACAGACCAAUAAAGGUGGCUCUAUGGAUUCCCAUAACAUUUGUCACUAUUUGUGCCUUCUUAGUUCUCGUUCCUUGUUACGUGAAGCCCUGGGAGGUCAUCAUGGGCACUGUAAUUACACUCUCUGGAAUUCCUGCUUACUUCGUGGGGAUCGUGUGGAAAAAUAAACCGGACUGGUUCCAGCGUUUCAAUGUUAAAGCCACUCACUUCGUGCAGAAGCUAUUCAUAUCUGCAAAGGAGGAACGAGAUGACUAAAGAAUGAAUUCUACAUCGGAAAUUGUUCCAAAGAUAACGUUCUCUAUUUUCUCCAAGCCAAAUACUGAUUGACUGUGCUCCUCAUGAAUUUUACAACCCAGUGAAUCUCAUCGCUCAUCACAUGCAUUCAUCAUUUAUUUCUGAAGAUGGCAUUACUGUUAAGGAUUGAUAUUAAUUUGCUACGCAUCACAUGCAUUCAUUAUUUAUUUCUGAAGAAGGCAUUAUUGUUAAGGAUUGAUAUUAAUUUGCUACGCAUCACAGAACUGCAGGAGCCAUUGUUGGAGUGAAUCUCUUUAUUUUACUUUAUUUAUUUGUUUUCAUACAAUAUAACGCACAGAGAUGGGUUAAACGUUAACAAGUCCAUUAUCUUGUUAACUAAACAAUUUGGAGCCAUACUUUUUUUUGUUCAGUAAAUUAUUUACACAAUUCGGCUAAUACAAUUUUUACAUGUGUCGCAUGAAUAAAGAUAUUUUGGUUUACUUAA